AUGAGCGGACGGCAGCGAACGCUUUUCCAGACGUGGGGCUCCAGCCUUUCCCGAUCCUCCGGGGCCCCGGGUUGCAGCCUCCCGAGGGAGCGGCCUCGGGACCCCGGCGUCCGCAGCUCCCAGGCGCCGUUGUCCGCCGCGGUCGAGGAGGCCCAGCCCGAGUCCGAUGACGAGGUGUUGCUGGUGGCGGCGUUCGAGGCCGAGCAGCGGCUGAGGGGAGAGAAUGGCGGCUUCUGCACCUCCUCGGGCGCCCUGUGGAUUUAUCCUACCAAUUGUCCGGUCCGAGACUACCAGCUGCGCAUCUCCCAGACCGCCCUGUUCUGUAACACGCUCGUCUGCCUGCCUACCGGGCUGGGGAAGACCUUCAUUGCCGCAGUGGUCAUGUACAAUUUCUACCGCUGGUUCCCUUCUGGCAAGGUGGUUUUCAUGGCGCCCACCAAGCCUUUGGUGACACAACAGAUCGAGGCUUGCUACCAGGUGAUGGGUAUUCCGCAACCCCACAUGGCCGAACUGACAGGUUCUACUCAAGCUGUCACCAGGAAGGAAAUAUGGUCCAGCAAGAGAGUUCUGUUUCUUACACCUCAGGUCAUGGUAAAUGACCUUACUAGAGGAGCUUGUCCUGCUGCUGAUGUCAAGUGUGUAGUUGUUGACGAAGCUCAUAAGGCUCUUGGAAACUAUGCUUAUUGCCAGGUGGUAAGAGAACUGCUUAAAUAUACGCAUCACUUUAGAAUUUUGGCACUUAGUGCCACACCAGGUAGUGAUGUAAAGGCUGUGCAGCAGGUUAUUACUAACCUACUAAUUGGGCAGAUAGAACUUCGUUCUGAAGAUUCUCCAGAUAUUUUGCCAUAUUCUCAUGAAAGACGAGUUGAGAAGCUUGUUGUUCCCCUUGGGGAUGAACUGGCAGCCAUCCAGAAGACAUAUAUCCAGAUUUUGGAGACAUUUGCAAGUUCUUUGAUUCAAAGGAAUGUUUUGAUGAGAAGAGAUAUCCCCAAUCUAACCAAGUACCAGAUAAUUCUGGCAAGAGAUCAAUUUAGGAAAAACCCAUCUCCGAAUAUUGUGGGACUACAUCAAGGCAUAAUUGAGGGCGAGUUUGCCAUUUGUAUUAGUUUAUAUCAUGGUUAUGAAUUACUGCAGCAAAUGGGAAUGAGAUCAUUGUAUUUUUUCCUUUGUGGAAUUAUGGAUGGAACAAAAGGAAUGACACUGGCAAAAAACGAACUUAGCCGAAAUGAGAACUUCAUGAAACUCUAUAACCGUCUAGAGUGCAUGUUUGCACAUACACAUGGUACUUCAGCAAGUGAUAAUGCUUUCCUCCACAAAGGAGAAAAAAGGAAAGAUUUUUUCUAUAGUCAUCCAAAGUUAAAGAAAUUAGAAGAAAUUGUAAUCGAACAUUUUAGGUCAUGGAAUGCGAAAAACACCUCUGAAAAGAAAUACGAUGACACAAGAGUUAUGAUUUUUUCUUCAUUUCGAGACAGUGUUCAGGAAAUUGCAGAAAUGCUUUUAAAGCAUCAGCCAAUUAUUAGAGUGAUGACGUUUGUUGGCCAUGCUUCAGGGAAAAGCAUGAAAGGUUUUACCCAGAAGGAGCAGUUGGAGGUAGUGAAACGAUUUCGUGAUGGUGGUUACAACACAUUAGUCUCUACCUGUGUUGGUGAAGAAGGUUUGGAUAUUGGGGAAGUUGAUCUUAUAAUAUGUUUUGAUGCCCAAAAGAGCCCGAUUCGCCUUAUACAACGAAUGGGGAGAACUGGCCGUAAACGUCAAGGCAGGAUUGUGGUGAUCCUUGCUGAAGGGCGUGAAGAGCGGACUUAUAACCAGAGUCAGUCCAACAAAAGAAAUAUUUAUAAAGCUAUUUCAGGUAGCAGACAGAUCCUUCAUUUUUACCAAGGAAGUCCACGAAUGGUUCCUGAUGAUAUCAACCCAAAAUUACACAAAAUGUUCAUCACUCACGGUGUCUUUGCACCAGAGAAAGCGUCUUGGCGUGUGCAGCGCAAGUCCUCCAGGGAUGGAAUGAGUCAUAAAAAUUCAAGGAAAGAUUAUUUCUUAACAGAAGAAGAAUUUAAAACAUGGAAUAGACUCUUCAGAUUAAAGGACAGUGAUGAAAUUAAGGAAAUAACCCUGCCCCAAGUUCACUUUCCAUCUUUACAAGAUGAAGAAAACAGAUCAACAGAAACACCAACUGCUGGAGUUCAUCAGCUGUCUCUCUCUGAGUGGAGAGUGUGGCAGGAUCAUCCUUUGCCUACGCAUCAGGUGGACCAUUCAGAUCGAUGUCAACAUUAUGUAAGCAUUAUGCAGAUGAUAGAAGGAAUGAGACAUGAAGAGGGUGAAUGCAGCUAUGAAUUGGAAAUCAAAUCUUAUUUACAAAUGGAAGAUGUUAGCUCAACAUUCAGCAUUCCUAGGAGUGAAUAUUUUAAUCUUGCUAAUAACACAACUACUGCUCACAAAAAAUCUUCACUAGCCCAGAAUAUAAAUGAAGACAGUUUGUUCUCAGUGAUGGAAUCUGAUGAAGAAUGUGGUGAAAUAGUUAAACAAACUCACACCCAAACUACUGAUAGCAGCUCUCUAAAGAAAAUAUCCUGUAAAGAAAUGAAAAAAGAUGAGCAUAAAAGAGAAAAGAAUGAUGAUAUGCAUGUUUUAGAUACUGACACAAAUUUUAGUGGUGAAACUGUUUCUCAAGCAGACUUACCAAAUGGUAAAAGGAUGUUAGGUUCACAUAGUAUUGCCAAAACAUGCACUCUUAAUCAGCCAGGUGUGUCAUCACUGGACUGUCAGUUAAUAAAUAAAGCCACCACUUCAUUUGUGGCAAGUUUUUUAGAUUCUGGUUAUAGUAGUUUCAAUGACGAGAAAUCUGUUCCCCCUAACUUAUGUCUUCUAUCUGAAGAAGAGCUUUUUGCCAUGAGAACAGAGGAACAAUUUGAUAUUCAUUACACAUUUACAGAAGAGGUUCUAGCUAAUAUAGACAGAUUUUUAUCUCAUUCUCCCCCGCCCCUCAGUGAACUCUCAGACUUGGAAUAUGAUGUUGCUAAAAGUAUUACACUUGAAGAUUUGCAUUCUCUAUCAUAUGAAGAACAUUCACAAAAUCUUAAGUCUGCCUCUGUGAUGGCACAUGUACUGGAAGAUUCUCAACAAAAUUUAGAAUUAGAUUCAGAUAAACUUAGUCAUCCUUCUGUAAAAAGUUCUUUCUUUGGUAUGACUAAUCAUUGUAACUCCAACAAGUCUUGUUCCCAUGACUGUGAUAAUAUAAUCCGCAAAAAUAUUAAAAAUGGUGGAAUGCACGUAGAUGCUGCAAAGAAUUUUGUUGACAAAAAAACCUGUGAUGCUGACAGCAAUGACUGCCCAGAAUCCCUCUCUGACCACAGUCUGCUACUAUUUGAAGAUGAUAAUGAAGAGUUUAAUGGUGCUCAUCUUUCUCCCCGGAGUGGCAAGGGCAAAUCUUCAUGUGUAUCAGAAGAAAUACCUGUUGGUGAGAUGGCUCAAAUCUCACAUUUCUUAAUUUCUGAUGAGCUUCUGCUUAGUGAUGAUUCUGAUCCCCAAGAUCAAAUCAUCUAUGAUACUAACAGUUGGAAAUCUCGGGAAAAUCUGAAAGAUAUACAUGUGGAAACACCAAAGGAUGAACAUGUUUUUGAUUGUUCUAGAGAUUUAUUUUCUGUUACCUUUGAUUUAGGGUUUCAUAGUCCAGAAUCUGAUGGUGAAAUAGUAGAACAUUCAUCAGAUAGGAUUAGCAAUGGACUUUCUGAUGAUGUAUAUAGAAAAACUUUAGAUAUUCAGGAGAUAAGGAACGCAAAUUAUGUUCCAAAUCAACAUGGAGAUUGUGUUGAAAAUUUUCCAAGUGGAACCGUACCUACUGUAGCAAGAGAAGAUAUUCCUAGUCCAAAUUUUGUACGUUUUCCAGUGAAGGCAGCAAAGUGUCCAGAAUUUAUGUCUCCUCAUUCUGGUAAGUUUUCCUUGCCAGCUGGAGAAAAGGUUAUGAGUACACCACUUUCUGAAUCAAAAGCAUUGAACUCAUUUUCUAAAAUAAAGAAAAAUAUUCUUGAGACACUAGAUUUCAGUAAUGAAAAAAGUGUUCCACAAAGUUUCAAAAAUAAAUUGAGUUUAACUUUUGGUGAUUCAGAAUUUUCUCUAGAAAAGACUAAAAGCAGUGAACAAAAUCAUCUGCAUUCAUCAUAUCAUUACCCUGCUGAAGGCCAACUGAUUACCACUAAUAGUGAAAGUGACGAUGAGAUUUCCCUACGAAAAAGUAAAAAACCAAAAAGAAAUGUUUUAAAGUCCCCUGAGGAUCAGAAGAGUAGUGAAGGCGAUUCUCCUGUUCAUGCUGUCAAAAAGCGCAGGGUUCUUGUUCCAGAAUUAUCAUCUAGUGACGAGAGUGAGAAUUUCCACAGAUCACAAUUAGAAGACUUCAAAUGUAACAGCAAUGCCAGAAAAGGCAUCAAAGGCCAAAAGAGACAGAGUCAUGUGAAGGGUCUGGCUAGGAUGUUUUUAGAUGAUGAAGCAGAACUUUCUGAAGAAGAUUCCAAGUGUGUUUCAUCAGAUGAAAAUGAGUCGGAGAAUGAGCAGGAUUCCUCAAUACUUGACUUCUUAGAUGAUGACACUCACUUUUCACAGGCUGUAAAUGAUUCUGAAAUGAGGGCAGUUUACAUGAAAUCUUUGCAUAGUCCGCUGAUGAGCAAUAAGUACAAGAUGGUUCAUAGGAAACACAACGACAUGAACAUUUUCUCACAGAUUCCUGAACAAGAUGAAUCUUAUUUAGAAGACAGUUUCUGUGUUGCUAAAGUGGAGUCCUGUGGAAGCCAGUCAAGUGGAGAAGAAGUUUGUGUUGAUUUUAGCUUAAUAAAGGAAGAUAGCUUUGCAGAAGGGAAUAAAAAAUACAACACCCAACGUGUCCGCACAAGAGGAAGCCGGCUGCGUUCCAAAAAGAAGUUAACCAGAAUUGUUUUGCCAGAUGAUUCCAGCGAAGAGGAGAAAAAUGAACAGGGGGGAAACAACGGAGAAGGCCCCUGCACUGUCUUCCAGGUUCACUUGGGCAGCGAUGAUCUGGAUGUGGUGCCUGCGAGGCCUCCAUCACUGCCCAGGGGCCUUCCUAAUGCUGCUGGAAGUCUAUCACCCAAGCAAACACAAAAGAUGCUUCUUCAUUUGAAGGAUACAAGUUCUGAAGAAUUAGGAUUCAAACCACAGAGACAUAGUAAAGUCAAACCUAGCACAUCACCUGGCCUUGCUGCUGAGUCACAGAAAGAAGGUAGACAAGGCCCAAUUUGGUUAAAGGUUGGGAGUACUCUGGAGGACCCUUGCACUACCCAGGAAUUCUCUGUUAACUCAAAACCACAUGUGGGUGACACACUUCCUUCACUUAGACUUCCACAGGAAGGAAAAAGAACCUGUAUUCUUGUAAAUAGUCGUGAAAUCACUUCUGGUUUAGAAGUCAUUUCUUCCUUAAGAGCAAUUCAUGGGUUGCAAGUAGAGGUAUGUCCUCUGAAUGGCUGUGAUUACAUUGUGAGUAGCCGCAUGGUGGUGGAGAGGAUGUCGCAAUCUGAGAUGUUAAAUACUGCCAAUAAGAACAAACUCGUCAAGCAGAUCCAGCACCUGCACAGCAUGUUUGAAAGAAUAUGUGUAAUUGUAGAGAAAGACAAAGGAAAAACAGGAGACACAUCGAGGAUGUUUCGAAGAACAAAGAGCUAUGACAGUCUGCUAACUGCCUUAGUUGGUGCAGGAAUCCGAAUUCUUUUCAGUUGUGGCCAAGAAGAAACUGCAUAUUUGCUAAAGGAACUUUCUUCAGUGGAACAGAGAAAGAAAGUCGGUAUUCAUGUUCCAGCAGUCAAUACUACAAAAAGUGAUGCACUUCAGUUUUAUUUAAGUAUUCCCAAUAUAAGUUACAUAACUGCAUUAAAUAUGUGCCACCAGUUUUCAUCUGUGAAAAAGAUGGCCAACAGCUCACCCCAAGAAAUCUCCAUGUAUGCACAAGUACCUCAUCAAAAAGCUGAGGAAAUCUAUAGAUAUAUUCACUAUAUAUUUGACAUGCAAAUGUUACCAAAAGAUAUUAACCAAGAUAGACUGAAAUCUGAUGAGUGAUCACUGUUCAAGAUGUGAUUAUCAGGGAACUUUCAUAAUACUAAAUGAACUUCAGUCAUCACCUGUGGUUUGUGAGUAUCGGACUAAAAUAUGUAAAUAAGAGUUUACCACUUAAAAUUUUUAUUUUGUGUACAUUUUUAUUUAUAUAAAUUACU